AUGUCGAUAUCUAUCCGCCUGGGCAUAUCCUGGGCUCCAUCCUUCCAAACCUCGGAGCCAACCGACACCCUCGUCCUAACCGGCAAAACCUACUUUGUUGACCAACGUCUCUUCCCUCCACUAACCCCCACCACCCCCACUUCAUCCACCAUAUCCUGGGCCUUUGCCGGCACCCGUUCAUCCCACACCGUUCCAAACAAACCAGGCUACACCCAAUGUUCAUGGACUCAUCUUGUCUCCUCUGUUCCUUUCAAAAAGGAAGAUGAAAAACCUAUGGAUGAAGGGAUAUUAGGGCCUCAUCCCGCAUGGCCCGAUAAUCCAAUAUAUGCGUUAGAGACCGGUAGGAUGGUUAAUCCGGAUACCGGACUGAUGACGGACUAUAAGGAGUAUUGGCAGGAUAAUGAUGCUAAGGAAGGGGAAGAAGUUGUCUUUUGGGAGUAUGGCAGUGAUGAGAUUGGACCCGAGGAUCGCGGGUUUGUAGGAAUUGUGGGGAGGUAUGCAUUGGGUGUUGGAAGAAUAAGUGGGCAGUUUUGGACUUGGAGGGCAGAAAAAGGUGAAGAUGGGAAUUGGAAGCUUGAGAGGUCCGUUCUCGAGAGGGAUGGGAGAAGGAGGGGGUGGGGACUAUUGAAUUUGGAGUUUGAUAGUAUUGUUCUUGGAACGACGACGGUUGACGAUGAGGUUGUAAGUGGCCGGGGUUUUGAUGGGGAGGGAGAGGAGCCAAAGCGAAUUUGGGUGCUGAGGGAAGCAUGGAAAGCACCAGCCAAGUAG